CCUCAGACUCCCUCUACAGCAUCUGUGGACCCAGCCUUAGGUUACUCCAGGAUGUCAGACACCGAAGAACAAGAAUAUGAGGAGUGAGAGAUGCAGUCUGGAGGGGGUGUUGGGGGCUUGCAACGGGAAGAGAUCAUUCUAUCCCAAGAUGAGGAAGCAGUGGAGGAAGAAGCCCCCGAGGAGCCGGAGCCGGUGGCAGAGCGAGAAGAAGAGCGCCCCAAACCCAGCCGUCCUGUGGUUCCUCCUUUGAUUCCUCCGAAGAUUCCAGAAGGGGAGCGUGUGGACUUUGAUGACAUUCACCGGAAGCGCAUGGAGAAAGACUUACUGGAGCUGCAGACGCUCAUCGAUGUGCACUUUGAGCAGCGGAAAAAGGAAGAGGAGGAACUCAUUGCGCUAAAAGACCGUAUUGAGAGGCGUCGCGCAGAGAGAGCUGAGCAACAGCGCUUCAGAACAGAAAAGGAGCGAGAACGCCAGGCCAAGCUGGCGGAGGAGAAGAUGCGGAAGGAGGAGGAGGAGGCAAAGAAGAGAGCAGAGGAUGACGCCAAAAAGAAGAAGGUUCUGUCCAACAUGGGGGCUCAUUUUGGGGGCUACCUGGUCAAGGCAGAACAGAAGCGUGGGAAGCGACAGACUGGUCGGGAGAUGAAACUCAGGAUCCUGUCUGAGAGGAAAAAGCCCUUGAACAUCGACUACAUGGGGGAGGACCAGCUCCGGGAGAAGGCCCAGGAGCUGUCAGAAUGGAUCCACCAGCUGGAAUCGGAGAAAUUUGACCUGAUGGAGAAAUUGAAGCAACAGAAAUAUGAGGUGAGAUCUACCUGCCUCUGUUGGGGCCCAGGCUGGGUGAGAGGUGUUGCAGGCGGGUCCCUGCCUGGGUGUCUACCUAGCCUGGUUUCCUGCUCCACAGAUCAAUGUGCUGUACAACCGCAUCAGUCAUGCCCAGAAAUUGUAAGUGCCACUCCUAACCUCUACAUACGAACCCUUCUGUUCCCACCAUCCUUCCCUCUCUCCCACUCUCCCUCCUUCCCUCCCUCCCUCCUUCAGCUGCCCCUUUGGACUCUCCUGCCUUGCUUCCCGAGAUAUCCUAUCUUUAUCUGUUCUUGUGGGUUUAUUUAUUGUCUUUUUUGUCUGUUUAAUUUGUUUAUUAUUUCAAGACAAAGUCUUACUUGGUAGUUCAGGCUAGCCUGGAACUCACUGUGUAGCCCAGGCUGGCUUUGAACAUGUAAGUAAAUCAGUGGCACGCUGGGAUGGUAGACGUGACUUACCAUUCCUGGCUGUUUUGUUUGUUUGUUUGUUUAUUUAUUUAUUUAUUUUUAAAAGAUUUAUUUAUUUAUUACAUGUAAGUACAUUGUAAAUGUCUUCAGACACAUCAGAAGAAGGCAUCAGAUCUCAUUACAGAUGGUUGGGAGCCACUAUGUGGCUGCUGGGAAUUGAACUCAGGACCUCUGGAAGAGCAGUCAGUGCUCUUAACCACUGAGUCAUCUCUCCAGCCCCUGUUUAUUUAUUUCUAAGGCAAGGUUUCACGUAGCCUAGAUCACUAGGUAGCUGAGGCUGGCCUUGAACUACUGAUCCUCUGGAUUUGGCCUUAGGAAUGUUGGGAUUAUUGACUUACACUACAACCUCUUGCUUUCCUUAUCAGCUCUUAGGUUUCAGUCUCCCUCCAGCUCCUUUCUUUCUGAGUAUCUAUUAUUUUACACCAUAUUUGCAUCACAUGUUUGCAAGCACACAUGUGUGUGCAUCUGUAUGCGUGUUUGUGUAUGGGUAUGUGUGUGUGACUGCGUGUGUGUGUGUGUGUGUGUGUGUGUAUAAGUAUGCAUAUGUGUGUGCCCACAGAAACUAGAAGGUUUGGAUCCAUUGGAGCUAAGUUACAGGCAUUUGUGCACCACAACAUAUGGAGUGUACUCAGAGGAUGUCUUGGAAGACUUGGUUUCUUCUUUCUUCCUUGUAGUCCAUAUAUAUAUUUUUUUUUCUUGCUAUAUAGCCCAGAUUGUCCUCAAACAUUUCCUAAACCUCCUGCUUCAUCCUCCAGGGCUGAGAUCACUGAUGUGUUCCACCAUGCCCAGGCUUUUCGAUGCUUUCUGCUCAGUCUGUUUCUUUUUCUAGCCUUUUCUGUACUCUUCCAGCCUCCCUGAGCCCCAUUGCAUGUCACGACCUCUAGCUAACCCUUCUUUUACCCCUUAUAAGUUUGCAUGAGUUCUCUGUGAACUAACCCAUGAAAGUCAACUCCCACCUGACCACCAACCACUUACCGGGCAUUAUCUGAGAGAGCUGCACUCAGCCGGGUUGUGGCUCAGUGGUAGAUCUAGAAUCCCCAGUGAGGGACUAAGGGUGUGGCUCAGAGGUAAAGCCCCUGCCCAGAAUCCCCCAGCGAGGAGGCCUGGUUUGUGGCUCAGUGGUGGAGUACUUACUUAGCAUGGGAGAGGCCCUGACUCAGUGCCCAGUACUGCACUGCUGGCCUCUGCUCCUGACUUCCUCUGAGUGGGGGUGGGUAUUUGGUGGACUUCCUGAAUUUUAAAGAUGCUGUGUUAAGCUUAUCUUGGAGGCUCAGAACCUCUUCCUGACACCACCUUCUUCUCCCACAGCCGAAAGGGGGCUGGGAAGGGUCGAGUUGGAGGCCGCUGGAAGUGAGACUGCCAGGACAUGUCCCAUUGUGUGGAGCCCAGGAGCCACCAGAGUGUGUCCCAUCUGUAACUCAAAAUAAAGGGUCCCCUGGCAUCUGUUCAA